GGACCCCAUUCUUUCAUUCAAUGGUUGCGAGAUCUCAAGCUACUCAUUCUGACAUUUCUAUUCUUAUUGAUCCUGAGACCAUUCUCCUGCCUGACAUUUUUACAACUUUGACCUACAUUCACAAACUUAAUUUGGACUGGUUUCUCUUUUCCACUACCCAAAAUAUUUCAUAUUUUCCAUAUCAGUUAGUAGACAAUGGAAUCUGGGUACAAGAAGAUGGUAAGAAGAUAGAAAGUAAGAAGUUGCAGGAAAUUUUGGUUCACAAAUGGACUAAGAGCGCCAGCGGACAGAAGCUUCUUAUGGCAUGGAACUCUGGUGAAUCACCUCUGCAUGCGGGGAUUCUUCCUCCUUUCCUGUAUGGGAAAUGUUUUCAUGAAUUUUGGAUCAUUAAUGAGGUUUUAUCAUCUGAAAUGAGAUUAGUAUUUGAUGCAAGCAAUGUACUAUUCAGUUUCUACCCUGAAAGUCUAGGAAAAUUUUCUAGCAAUUAUUCUGGGGACAGCAACAUUGGGAAUGAAAGGAUUUGGGAGCAUGAAGGAAAUUCCCGUCUUGCUGCACUUUAUGGAUCACUUCACUUCCAAAAUGCCAACCCUCCAAAUGCCCUUUUUAAAAUUUUGAAGUGUUCGGGACAUUAUUAUUUUCUAAAUGAAGCAAAAGGAACAGUUCAAGAAGCUACCAGAUCACAGCUAUUGGGAGGUUCGCUGAACUCUAGGCAUAGGAACUGGAAAGUUUGUGCUAAUGAAAUUAAUUCAAUGAAAAAAGAAAAUCCAUGCUCCCUUUCGCAAUUGCCCAAGCUUGAUUUAGAAAUGCCAGUGACAUUAAAGUUACCUUUCUCUUUGGAAUCACUGUUAGAAAUUGUUGCAGAUAGGGAUAAAAAUGUUGUGCUUGGCAUUGCUGGUGCUAGUUAUCGAGACAUGCUCAUGAGUUGGGCAUGCCGCUUACGCCACCUAGGUGUCUCAAAUAUCUUAAUCUGUGCUCUCGAUUCUGAGACCUAUGAGUUUUCUGUUUUGCAGGGUUUGCCAGUCUUUAUGGACUCAAUGUCUCCAAGAAAUGUUAGCUUUGAUGACUGUCACUUUGGUACCGAGUGUUUCCAAAGAGUGACCAAAGUGAAAUCCCGGAUUGUUUUACAGAUACUAAAACUUGGGUACAAUGUGCUAUUGAGUGAUGUCGAUGUCUAUUGGUUCAAUAACCCUCUGCCAUAUCUCCUCUCCUUUGGUCCUGGUACCUUGGUGGCACAAUCAGACGAAUACAAUGAGACUGGACCUAUAAACAUACCGCGUCGACUGAACUCCGGCUUUUACUUUGUUCGCUCCGGUCUAGCUACAAUUGCUGCAAUGGAGAUGGUUGUAAAACAUGCGUCAACUUCAGGCCUUUCUGAACAGCCUAGUUUCUAUGAUGUUUUAUGUGGAGAAGGGGGAGUCAACCGUGUGGGCAAUGACCAGUGUUAUGAACCCAAAACAAACCUAACUGUCUUUUUCCUAGAUAGGAACUUCUUCCCCAAUGGAGCUUAUAUGGGCUUCUGGGAGAAGCCGGAUGUGCGAUCUGCUUGUCUAAGGGCUGGAUGCUUCAUCCUUCAUAACAACUGGAUAAAUGGAAGAAAGAGAAAACUCGAGCGUCAAAUACAGUCCGGUCUGUGGGACUAUGAUCCAAGCACUAGGCUAUGCAUCCAGAGUUGGCAUAAUUACACUUAGUUCAUGAUCGAUUUCUGAACGUUAGCAUUGGUCUCAUCCCGUUUGCCUUAGCUGAGUAUUCUGCUGCUGCAAAAAUGUAACUUGUAUACUAACAGUUGAAAAGGAAACUAUAUUUUCAACUGAAGGGGAUAUUAUACCUAGCUUUAAAAGAUAGUUGAACAACUUUUUGGCCUAGCCCCAAUUCAUCGCAGCCAGAAUUAAGUUUACUUCUCCUGGGGUAGGGUUCAGUAUGGAGCUUCUAUGUGAUCUAACCACAGCAUGGAGGAGCUUUUUCAGUAAGUCAGUAGCUUACCGCAUAGAAUAAUCUCGGUUAGUUAACCUUCUUUCCUAGGUGCUGUGAAGGAAAAUCUUCAACUCUUUCCUUCCUAGUUCCUAGUAAUUCAGAAGGUUGGAGGUUGGGAGGAAAAUUAGGCUAAGAUACCAGAGCCUUUGGAAGGAAACUAGUUAGAUUUUUUUCUGCUCAGUUUGCUGCCUCAGUGUUUUUGGUUACCAAAAUACGAAGAAUUUGAUUAUAUAUUUGCAGUGUAACAAUCAAGAUGAGCAUCGGAUCUCAAGAAAGAUGUUUUUGAUUUUUCAGGAUUUCAGUGUGCAUUUCCUUCUUUCUUUUUUUUUGUUGCAAGAUACUCUAAAGGAGGCAUUUGUUUCUUCAACAAUUUUUCGGAGGAGUGGAAGAAAUUGGAAUAGGAGAACCAGAAAACAUUCACUGGGCUUGACAAUGCUAGAAAUUAUACUUUCCAUUGUGUGUUUUCACUCUUACCAGAAUUUUAGAUGGCUACAUCAAACUGAAGCUGGUAUUACAAGCCCUAGCAGUUGAGGAAAUGAAACAGUAGAAGUCAUCGGCAUGUACAGGGUAAUGCCUGUCCAACUUGUGGCCAGAGAUAUGUUCCAGCAUAUUUGAAGAUUCCCGCCAUAUCAGUGGAGCUUUUGUGUUCCUUGUUAAGACCUAGACUUCAUCAGAUUGUCUCAGGUUCUUCUUUCUUCCCAGUUUCCACACACUGUAAUCUAAUUUGACUGUUAUAUGUUCUUUGACUUCUUUCCUAGCAUGUUUGGCUUUUAAGUGCCAUUUUGUAAAAUGGCUUUUAAGUGCAAUUUUAUAAAACUAGGCUGCGGAACAGUAAUAUGACAUUGAGUGCUUUAUGAAACGUUUUGUUUUUAUACUGAACAAUGCGGUUUGAAGAUGAUUACUGGUUCAAUUAGUAUUCCUUUUGCUUGGUUUUCCAUCACAAAACGUGGAUGAUGAAGUUACAGGUGAAGUAACUGAAUAAGAGAGUUGAGUUACGAGCCCAUCAAUGGUAAUUUAGUAGGGCAACAUUAUUAACAUUAUUUUUAUCAUGGGA